UGAUAGAACGCGGAAAAGAAAAUUCUGCGCGCGAAGUUAGUCUGGGUGAAGCCUGCGGCUGCGUUUCGUUCGCAUCUCGUUCUUUGUCGUGGAAGGAACAACAGCGUUUCUGCCGUCGUCCGCUGAAAACCACACAAUUUUACAAUGCCUGGAACAAAGGAUGAUGUUGCUGUUGAGUCAGAAACAAAAGAGACCACAGAGCCAAUUGUAGCAAAGACAGUUGAAGAUGUGAAAGGCAAAGCUGAUGAGGCUGAUGCUGAAGCAGAAGAACAAACAGAAGAAAACACAAAAACAGAAGAUUCAGAAGAAAAUACAAAUGAAAAUGCUAGCUCAGAAGAGACAGAAUCAAAAACAGAAGAAACAACAGCAGAAAAGCGAUCUGUAGAUGAAAAAGAAAGUGAAGAUGCAGAAGAUGAAAGUCCGAAGAAAAAGGCAAAGACAGACUCAAAUGAAUCAUCGAAUGGCACCACAGAAACAACUGAAUCUGCUUAGUUCUAUUAUAUAUAUAAUUUUUUUUUUUUUUCCUUUUCAUUUUGAACUUAAUCACAAACUUGUAAAAAUGUGUUUAUCAUCAUGUUCAGGAGAAAACUGAGAUAUUUAUAGUCAGGUUGUACACUUCAUCAUGGUUCUCAUCAUUUGUACUGUUCUUGUAAUAAACAUCUUAAUGUA